UACUCGUAUAAAAGAGAUCACCACUUACACAAUAAAGCACCAAAAGUUAAAGAUAACCACGUUAAGCAAACCCAAAAAAACUUAAAAGAAAAUGGUUAAAUUCAAUCAUCAGCACCUUGCACCUACAUAUAUAUAUAAAAAUGCAAUACCCAUGUUAAUAUUUUACUCUGUUUUGCUAUUCUAUUUUGAAGCUUUCUUACAAGUAUGUCGUCGUCGUCGGAGAUUGUUGUUGUAGAACCUAUACAAGAAAUUUACCAUGAUAUUGAAAGUGAGCUUCCAAGUACAAGUAGUGGAAGCAGAAGGAAUUUUACAAGAUCAAUUACAUAUGAAGUUGAUGAUCAUUAUAUGCCGGAACCUUUUGAGAGUGAGAAAUUACCCGUCACUUUGGCUUCUGGAAUUCGACGCUUUCUUCGUGUUGCUAAUCAGAUUGAAAUUCAAGAGCCUCGUGUUGCUUAUCUCUGUCGUUUCCAUGCUUUUGAGAGGGCACAUAAUAUGGACAAAAGCUCUAAAGGGCGUGGUGUUCGACAGUUCAAAACUUCUCUACUUCAGCGCCUUGAGCAGGAUAUGGAUGAGAGUAUUGCGAGACGGAAGGAAAAGAGUGAUAUACGUGAACUUAGACGAGUUUAUAAUGGAUAUAAAGAUUAUAUAAAGAGACACACUGGAACUGAUGACUUCACUAACAGAGAGAAGUUGACAAAUGCGCAAGCAAUUGCUUCGGUUCUGUAUGAAGUGUUAUAUGCAGUUACAAGUGCAACUGGUCAUCAGCUCCAUGGUGAUAGAGGCUCAAUCUAUGUAACAUACAAUAUCUUGCCACUCGGUAGUGAUGGUGUUCAUCAGCCUAUCAUGCUACUCCCUGAGAUCAAGGUUGCAGUUGCAGCUGUACGCAAUAUUCGUGGCUUGCCUUUCAUGGAUGAAUUCAAGAAGCUCAAAUCUUCCAAGGGACCUUUUGACAUAUUUGACUGGCUAGGCUUUAUCUUCGGGUUUCAGACAGGGAAUGUUGCCAACCAGAGGGAGCAUCUAAUUCUACUUCUUGCAAACACCCACAUCCGACAGAGUCACAAGCUAACAUCAGUGCUGCAGUUUGCAGAUGGUGCAUUGGAUGGACUGAUGAAAAAGUUCUUUAAAAAUUACACAAAGUGGUGCAAAUUCCUAGUAAAAAAAAGUAACAUCCGGUUACCCUAUGUUAAACAGGAAGCCCAACAAUAUAAACUGUUGUAUAUAGCACUUUAUCUUCUAAUUUGGGGAGAGGCUGCAAACUUGCGAUUGAUGCCAGAGUGUCUUUGCUAUAUAUAUCACCAUAUGGCAUAUGAGUUGCAUAGCAUGUUAACUGAUGCUGUGAGCUUGAUGACAUGGGAGAAGGUCAUGCCAGUAUAUGGAGGAGGGAACGACAACGACUCAUUUCUUACCAAAGUUGUCAGCCCAUUUUACCGGGUUAUAUCUGAGGAAGCUGAGAAAAGCAAAAAUGGAACUGCUGAUCAUUCUAAAUGGAGAAACUAUGAUGAUUUGAACGAGUACUUCUGGUCGCCUGACUGUUUUUCAAUAGGUUGGCCAAUGCGCGUUGAUGACCAUGAUUUCUUCUUUGUGGAAAAAAAAUCUCAACGUGAUCAACCAGAGAAGAACAUCUUUGUUCGUCUAAAGAAAUUAAGAGGAAAGAGGGUGGUGAAGGAUGAGGAACAUGGGGAUAUGGCAGACAAGGACGGUCAAAAGAAUUGGCUAGGGAAAACAAAUUUUGUUGAAGUUCGUUCAUUUUUGCAGAUAUAUAGAAGUUUUGAUAGAAUGUGGACGUUUUUAAUUUUAGCCCUUCAGGCACUCAUUAUUAUUGCAUGUCAUGAUGUUAGCUCUCCUCUUCAAUUGAUUGAGACAACAAUACUUGAGGAUUUAAUAAGCGUCUUCGUCACAUCUGCAAUGCUCAAAGUUUUCCAAGCUAUUCUUGAAAUUGCAUUUACAUGGAAAGCUAGGAAGACAAUGGAUUCCAAACAUGUCUGGAAAUAUGUUUUGAGGCUAAUUAUUGCAUUAGUUUGGGCAAUUAUUCUUCCUGUGUACUAUGUGCACACAAGAAGAAAAUACACUUGUUACUCCAUCCGACCGGGGAGCUUACUUGGAGAUUGGUGUUAUUCAUCAUACAUGGUGGCUGUUGCUAUUUACCUCAUGAGUGAUGCAGUCGACGUAAUAUUUUUCUUUGUCCCUGCAAUUGGUAGAUACAUCGAAACUUCAAAUAACAGAAUUUGCACCUAUCUCUCUUGGUGGACACAGCCUAGAUUGUUUGUUGGACGUGGAAUGCAAGAAGAUCAAAUAUCCUCAUUCAAGUAUAUGCUAUUCUGGGUGCUGCUACUGCUGAGUAAACUGUCUUUUAGUUAUUAUUUUGAGAUAAAACCACUAAUAGAACCGACAAGGCAAAUGACGAGAAUUGGUCUGCAUAGUCAUGGAUUCCAUGAGCUAUUUCCUCAUGUCAAAAGCAAUGCUGGUGUACUUGUUGCUGUUUGGGCUCCUAUUCUGCUGGUAUAUUUUAUGGACACACAGAUCUGGUAUUCCGUUUUCUGUGCAAUUUUUGGCGGCAUUUAUGGAAUUCUGCAUCAUCUUGGUGAAAUACGGACUCUAGGAAUGUUACGAAGUAGAUUUCAGUUGCUUCCUUCUGCAUUUAGUGCUCACCUGAUUCCACCAAUACUAAGAAACGGUAGAGACAGAAGAAACAAAGGGUUCUUUAGUAAACUAAAAAAGGAGUCUGGACACAAAAAGAGUGAUGUUGCGAAGUUUGUGAUAAUGUGGAACCAAAUGAUCCUCAGUUUCAGACAGGAAGACUUAAUAAACAACAGAGAGAGGGAUUUGAUGAUCAUGCCAUUGUCAUCAGAAAUUUUAUCUGGCCAUGUUCGCUGGCCUGUCUUCCUUUUGACAAAUGAAUUCUCAAUAGCAUUGAGCAUUGCUAAGGAUUUUGCUGGGAAAGAUGAAGAUCUCAUCGGUAAGAUAAGAACAGGUAGCCUUAUGUACUGUGCAGUGAAAGAGUGCUACGAUUCACUGAAGUACAUUCUUGAAAUUGUUGUUGUUGGAGAGCUGGAGAAGAGACUUGUGUCAGGUAUAAUAGCUGAAAUUGAAGAAAGCAUCCAAAGAUCAACUCUGCUUGAGGACAUUAAAAUGAGUGAGCUACCAGCUCUACAUGCCAAAUGUAUAGAGUUGGUUGAGCUACUGGUUGAAGGGAAAGAAGAUCAAUAUGCCGAGGUAGUAAAAGUAUUGCAAGAUAUGUUUGAAGUUGUAACAAACGAUAUGAUGAGAAAUGGUUCCAGAACAUUAGAUAUGCUAUUAUCUUCCCAGCAAAAUUUUGAAGAUUCAGCAUACUUCAUCAGGAUGAUUCAACCAGAAUUAUUUGCAUCAGAGGAUUCUAUUCAAUUUCCACUGGCUAAAGACGGGACACUUCAGGACAAAAUAGAACGUUUCCUCUUGCUGCUGACCGUAAAAGACAAAGCUAUGGAUGUUCCUGCAAACUUGGAUGCUCGGAGGCGCAUCUCUUUCUUUGCCACUUCUCUCUUUAUGAAUAUGCCUGCUGCUCCUAAAGUGCGAAAUAUGCUGUCAUUCAGUGUGUUAACCCCACACUACAUGGAAGAAGUCAAGUUUUCUAUGGAGGAACUCUUAUCAAGCCAGGAACAAGUAUCGAUCAUAUUUUAUAUGAAAAAGAUAUAUCCAGAUCAGUGGAAAAAUUUCUUAGAACGUGUCGGCUGUGAGGAUUUAGAUGCCUUAAAGUCUGCAAACAAGGAACAUGAGCUUAGAGAUUGGGCUUCAUUUCGGGGUCAAACUUUGAGUAGAACAGUCAGAGGAAUGAUGUACUACAAAAGGGCCCUAAAAUUGCAAGCGUUUCUUGACAUGGCAGAGGAUAAAGAUAUUCUUCAAGGUUAUGAUGCCUUUGAGAGAGGGAACGGGACGCUAUCUGCUCAGCUGGAUGCAUUCGUAGACAUGAAAUUUACAUAUGUCGUUACAUGGCAAAUGUAUGGUACUUGCAAAUCUGCUGGAGAUCCGCGUGCACAGGACAUGCUUGAUUUAAUGAUUAGGUACCCAGCUUUACGUGUUGCUUAUGUAGAGGAGAAAGAAGAAACCGUUGCAAAUGAGCUUCAAAAGAUUUAUACGUCUGUGUUAGUUAGAGGAGGAGCCAAUGGUCAUGACCAGGAAGUAUAUCGUGUUAAGCUUCCAGGUCCGCCUAAUAUUGGUGAAGGAAAGCCUGAAAAUCAAAAUCAUGCAAUAAUUUUUACACGCGGUGAAGCACUCCAGACAAUAGAUAUGAAUCAAGAUAACUAUUUUGAAGAAGCUUACAAAAUGAGAAACAUCCUUCAAGAAUUUUUGGAAGACCGAGCUCCCACUAUAGUUGGUUUGAGAGAACAUGUAUUUACUGGGAGUGUCUCUUCCCUGGCAUGGUUCAUGUCCUACCAAGAGACAAGCUUCGUGACCAUUGGCCAGAGAAUUUUGGCUAAUCCCCUCAGGGUACGAUUUCAUUAUGGUCAUCCAGAUAUAUUUGAUAGGAUAUUUCACAUAACACGAGGUGGUAUCAGCAAAGCGUCAAGAACCAUUAACCUGAGCGAGGAUGUCUUUGCUGGAUUCAACUCUGUACUACGGCGUGGAUAUGUUACAUAUCAAGAAUACAUCCAAGUAGGAAAAGGUCGUGAUGUAGGAUUGAUUCAGAUAUCAAAAUUUGAAGCCAAAGUAGCCAAUGGGAACAGCGAACAGACUCUCACCCGUGACCUUUAUCGUCUUGGGCAGCGAUUUGACUUCUUCCGGAUGUUAUCGUGUUAUUACACAACCAUUGGCUUCUAUUUUAGCAAUCUGAUAUCAGUGAUUUCCAUAUAUGUGUUCCUCUAUGGGCAGCUGUACCUUGUUCUUAGUGGGCUGCAGAAAGCACUCAUAGUUGAAGCUAGAAUCCAUAACGUACAAUCCUUAGAAACUGCUCUGGCUUCCCAGUCAUUUAUACAACUAGGACUCUUGACAGGUCUACCUAUGGUUAUGGAGAUUGCACUGGAGAGGGGUUUCUAUACAGCCCUUAAAGAUUUUGUACUUAUACAGCUGCAGCUUGCUUCAGUGUUCUUCACCUUCUCUUUCGGAGCAAAAUCUCACUAUUAUGGUCGAACAAUUCUUCAUGGUGGUGCCAAAUAUAUACCUACAGGUCGCAAGGUUGUGAUUUUUCAUGCCAGCUUCACAGAGAACUACAGACUGUAUUCUAGAAGCCACUUUGUGAAAGGAUUUGAGCUGCUGCUUCUGUUGGUUGUUUAUGAUCUGUAUCGGAAGUCCUAUCAGAGCAGUAUGGCAUAUGUCCUGAUCACGUAUGCUAUUUGGUUUUUGUCACUAACAUGGCUGUUUGCUCCAUUUCUGUUUAAUCCUUCUGGAUUUGACUGGCCAUUAGUUGUUGAUGACUGGGAAGAUUGGAACAAGUGGAUAAGGCAGCAGGGUGGUAUAGGAAUCCCACCUGAUAAGAGCUGGCAGUCAUGGUGGGAUGAUGAGCAGGAGCAUCUACGCCGCUCCAGAUGGAGUUCUAGGCUCAUUGAAAUAAUUCUCUCACUGAGGUUUUUCAUAUAUCAAUAUGGCCUUGUCUACCAGCUAGACAUUUCCAAAAACAGUAGCAAUUUUACUGUCUACGUCUUCUCAUGGGUUGUCAUAGCUGUGAUUUUUCUCUUGGUUAAGAUAGUGAAUAUGGGAAGACAGUGGCUUAGUGCCAAUCAUCAGUUUCUGUUCAGGCUAUUCAAAGCAUGUCUCUUCUUGUCUGUUAUAUCAACCAUUAUCACACUUUCACUCGUUUGUGAUCUUUCUAUCAUGGAUUUGCUUGUAUGCUGCCUGGCGUUUCUGCCAACUGGAUGGGGUUUAAUAUUGAUUGCACAAACUCUCAGGCCCCUGAUAGAGAACACAGGAAUAUGGGACUUCGUGCAGGUUUUUGCUCAAUCUUAUGAUUAUGCUAUGGGUGUUGUCCUUUUUGCUCCAAUCGCCUCCUUCUCUUGGCUCCCAAUUAUAUCAGCCUUCCAAACACGUUUUCUUUUUAAUGAAGCCUUCAGCAGAAGAUUACAGAUACAACCUAUACUUCAAGGGAAGAAGAAGCGCAAUUAAGUUGAUCAUUCUAGUCUAUGUAUAGUCAAAUCUAAUCAUAAAAAUCUCAUAUAGUUGUGCGUGACAUAGGAAUAUUUUUGUAAAGGAAGAAAAAAAACAUAGAAAUAGAUUGUGUAACACUAACAUGUAAACAUGUAGCUAGAGAACAUUGAUUAAUUUACAGAUUUCUAUUACUCUGGCUUUUAAA